AUUAUAAUUAGGAGAAGAAGAAGAAGGUCGCAGCCUGGUGACGCGUUGGAUACUGAACAAUGCUGGCUGUAUUUUCACGAAUGACAGUAUUUUAAUAAACUAUACAUUAUCCGAAUAUCCAGACUUUAAAACGGUCUAAAUUUUGUAGAUAUUGUGUAAAGUUCCAGAUCCUAGAUGGAAGCUAACAGAAGAUAAAGCUCCAGGAGAAGACCACAGAUAACGUUAUCACUUUGUAGUCUCAAAUAUCUUGCCGUAAUGGCAUCAGACGAUGAAAUCAAUCUGCUGGUCAUCGUCGUGGAUGUGAAUCCGAUUUGGUGGGGGCAGCAAGCUCAACGUGAGACAGAGCUCACCCUGUCGAGGUGUCUGGAUGCAGUCAUGGUUUUGGGGAACGCCCACAUUUCCAUGGCCAGGACUAACAGGCUGGCUGUCAUCGCCAGCCACUGUCAAGACAGUCACUUCCUAUAUCCCAAAAAGAGCUGGAGAGCGGGGGACAGCGGGGGGGAAGAUGCCUGCUCCAGUGGGGAUGGAAAAUAUGAACUCCUGGCAGUCGCCAAUAACCUUAUUGCUGAAGAGAUCAGGAAUGUUAUGUCAAAAGCUGAAGUGAAAGGAAAUUCAACUGAUACUUUUUUGGCUGGAUCCCUUGCCAAAGCUCUCUGCUAUAUUCACAGAGUCACAAAAGACUUGGACGCUGGACAGGAGAUAAAAUCAAGAAUAUUGGUGAUAAAAGCAGCUGACGACUCGGCCCUCCAGUACAUGAACUUCAUGAAUGUCAUUUUUGCUGCUCAGAAGCAGAACAUCCUGAUAGAUGCCUGUGUGUUGGACUCAGAUUCGGGUCUCCUUCAGCAGGCUUGUGAUAUAACGGGAGGAUUGUACCUCAAGAUACCACAGAAAGUUGCCCUGGCACAGUACCUUUUGUGGGUGUUCCUGCCUGACUCUGAGCAGCGUUCACAGCUGGUGCUGCCACCGCCUGCACAUGUGGACUACAGAGCUGCGUGUUUCUGCCAUCGUAACCUCAUUGAGAUCGGCUACGUGUGCUCAGUUUGUCUGUCAAUAUUUUGCAACUUCAGCCCUAUCUGCACAACUUGCGAGACUGCCUUCAAAAUCCAGCUACCACAGAUGGUAAAGCCCAAAAAGAAGAAACUCAAACAGCCUACAUGAUUAAUGCUAUGAUUACAGUAGAUAGUUUUAUUUUUUUGAUAUUAAGAUUAUGCUAUUUUGCUUGCUAUACAUUUUCACGAGUUUCAGGUUCAUGCCAUCCUGACGUUUUUCUUUGUAGAAACAAUUGUUUUCUAGUCCAUAACAAUAUAUGCAAACAUUAAACAUAUAAACAAACAUUUGUAUUUAUCAUUUGUCUGAGUUUAGUUUCACCAAUGUUCACAUUAAUAGAAACAAUUGGCGCACACACACCUUUUAGUUGUUCAUGAUGUUGGAUAAAGGUCAUUUACUUAGCGUACUCUACAUGUUAAUAGAGUAACUGCUUUUGAAAAAGAAACUGGGCGUUUUUGUGAUGUACAUUUUUAUUUAAUAAAAACAAUAGCUAUAUGUUCUUAGAAUAUUUGUCACACAUGAAUCCAUCCUUAUGUGUUAAGGUGGAAAUAUUUUAGUCCAGUAAAUUGUUUUCAGCUUUCAAACUGA